UCGCUGCAUGUCCUCGUUCACGUUCUCGAAAGCUUUCUCAACCGCGGCAGCUUUGGUCAAUUCAGUGGCGUGAGCCAGAUCUUUGAUGCUUUGGAUGAGGGCUACCCGGUCGGAGUUUUGGAUACCGGCCGCAGACAGAGUCAUGGUGAAUUGUGAUGGUGGUUCGAGUAUGAUUUCCAAGUGUUGUUGCGCAAUCCUUCGAAACGAUGGCAUCGAACGCCUAUACGCAAGCCGCAGCGGAAGGCUCCGGAAAUCGAGCUGAGCCCCGAGCGAAUCGGAGCUUUCCGGGCCCUCCACAAGGCCCUGAAGAACAGAAUAAACAACGAAAAUGAUGAGGCUGAGCGGAAACUGGCCGAUGCAACGGAAAAGGCCAUAACGUCGGUAAACCCCCCCGUCCAUGUCUUCCCCAAAAGGAAUGAUCCCAAGGCAAAGAAUGCGCCUGCUCGGAGUGACAAGUGUCGCAAGAAGAUCGACUACAAGGCGAAAGGUAACGGGGAGAGUCUGUC